AUGGAUGUAAAAAAAAGAGAUUAUUCAGAGUCUGACGAUGUUGAUUUGUAUGGUGCCAAUAGUUAUGACAAUGGCAUUGGAAAUGAUACAUUCCACAAGAGAAUUAAAGUUGAAAAUAGAGAUGGUUCAAUAGUUGCUUCAGGUACUGAUUUUGAUGAGGUAUUACAACCAAGUGCAGUUGUACAUUGCCGUGGAUUACCAUAUAAUAUAGGUGAAGCAGAGAUUACCUCUUUGUUGGCACCAUUCGGUAGAGUUGAGUCAGGACAAGCACUCAUCGAAAUGGAUUCUCUUCAAUCAUCCUCAGCCAUCAUUGCCCAAUCAUCCUCACCGACUCCCAUAUCUCUUUUCGGUCAAAAAAUCUUCUCACCCUACGGUAGAGUACUUAGAAUCGUUAUUUUCCAAAAGAAAGGAUUACAAGCAUUUGUAGAGUUUGAAUCACCAUAUUCCGCAUGGGUUGCAAAAGAUGCUUUGAAUGGACAGGAUAUCUAUACUGGCAGUUGUACACUCCAGAUUGAUUUCGCUCGUGUCAACAAGUUGAAUGUAAAGGUAAACGACGAGAAGACAACAGAUUACACAAUGGACUUGAUACAGCCACCCGGUGCACCCAUUGGAAUGACUGCUCACGGCUAUCCAUUCGCACCCGCCCAUAUGGAUCCAACUGGAUUCACCAAGCAAUCCGCCUACAUGAUGAAUCCCAGUGCAGCUGCCGCCGCUCCACACCCAAGCGCCGUCGGCGUCCAACCACACCACCCCGGAUUCAUGGGAUACCCCAUGGAGCCAAUGACUCAAUCGGUUAUCAUGGUUCACAAACUGCCAGAGAACAUCACCGCCGACCAACUCUUCAAUAUCUUCUGUCUCUACGGAACCGUAUUGAAGAUAAAGAUGCUCCACAACACCAAAUCCGGUGCUAUGGUGCAGAUGGCCGAUGGCAUCCAAGCAGACUCUGCCAUUCACUGCCUCAAUUUGGCCAACAUUUUCGGUCAAAAGAUACAGGUUUUCCACUCUAGACAUCCAUCGAUUGCCGACUCCGAAAAGACCAAAGACUACUCUGAAUCACCACUCAACAGAUUCAAAGCUGGUCUUGGCACCUACAAGAAUAUCUAUAAACCAUCUGCCACCUUACACUUUUUGAACGUGCCUAUGACAUUUACAGAAAAAGAUCUAACUCAUCUAUUUAUAAACUCUGGUGCAAGCGCUCCAAAUCAAGUAAAGUUCUUCCCACCACAACCAAGUAGCACUAAAUUGAUGGGAUUAGUUGAGUUUUCAGAUUUAAAAUCUGCAACCGAAGCAUUGAUAAUCGAUUUUAUUUGUUGA